AUGGAACAUUUUAGUUUUGCAACUACAAUUAAUGUGCCGACUAGUCAACUAAUCACUAGUGCGGUAAUUAACGUUUAUGACAGAAACAAACAAUUAAAGAUUGGUCGAGCAUUGCUCGAUACUUGUGCUACCGCAAAUUUCAUAACUGAAAACUUUUUAGAUAAACUCAAUUUACCUAAACAAAAAUGUUCUAUACCUAUAGGAGCAUUAAACGAUUUAUCAACGGUAACUAAGCACAUCGUUAAAUUAACCAUACGUUCAAGAUAUAAUGCGUUCGAAAAAACUAUCACUUGUUUAAGUGUACCAGAAAUUUCUAGAUCUGUACCUAAUGAAUUUCUUAAACGAGAGUUAUUCAAUAUCCCAUCAAAUCUGCCUCUGGCCGAUCCAAAUUUUAAUAAACCUGCAGCAAUCGAUUUAUUAUUAGGUUCUGGUCCCACUUUAUCAAUGCUUUGUGUCGGACAAAAUGAUCUUUCAAAAAACGGAGAAGACCUUUGUAUUCAAAAAACACGUGUAGGUUGGAUCAUAGGCGGAACACCUAAUAGUAAUCUAAAAUUGCUAAAAACUAAAUCAAAAAAGCUUAAACUUGAUUGUCAUUUAAUAGAAUUACGCGAAAGUCUCGUUCGAUUCUGGGAAAUAGAAGAAGGACAAGUCUCUCGACACUUUUCUGCGGAAGAAUUAGAAUGCGAAAAACACUUUCAGGAACACGUCAGUCGCGACCAAUCCGGAAAAUACGUUGUGGCACUGCCAUUUAAAAAGGCCGAGGUAAAUGUAGGAGAAUCCUAUCAAAAAGCUCUUAAACGUUUUAAAUCUCUAUUAUUCAAAUUCCAUAAAAACCCUGAUCUAAAAACUCAAUAUACGGAAGUGAUCGACGAAUACAUCUCGUUAAAUCACAUGACGAAAGUUAAUGAGGUAGACAAAACUGAUGGUUUCUACUUGCCACACCUGGCAGUAAUUAAAGAAACUAGUUUAUCUACCAAAUUACGGGUAGUCUUUGAUGCGUCGGCUAAAACCAACAAUGGUCUGUCCUUGAAUGACGAGCUUAUGGUCGGCCCUACGAUUCAGCAGGAUAUUAUUUCUUUACUUUUGAAAUUUCGAAUUCAUAAAUAUGUUAUCACUGCUGACGUAGAGAAAAUGUACCGACAAAUUCUCGUACGCAAAGAGGAUCGAAAGUACCAGAGGUUACUCUGGGGAACGGAAAACAGCGUAGAUACUUACGAAUUAAAUACGGUUACUUUUGGACUCGCAUGUGCUCCGUUUCUCGCUAUACGUUGUCUGCAGCAACUCGCUGAAGACGAAGGCGAAAGAUUUCCCACAACAGCAAACAUAUUAAAAAAUGAUGUUUACGUUGACAAUCUUCUCUCGGGAUCCGAUACGAUUGAAGGGGCAAUAAAAAUUAGAGAAGAAAUGAUUACUCUACUUAAACUCGCAGGUUUUAAUUUACGGCAAUGGGGUUCAAACGAUCCACGAAUAUUACACGGUUUGCCAGAAAGUAGCAUAAUUCCAAAUUUUCAAUUAGAUAAAGAUCAACCUGUUAAAACAUUAGGUGUAUUUUGGAACGCAAAGAAAGAUUCCAUUACUUUCACUGCACAUCCGAUAAAUCUAUCUGUUGUCAAGACAAAACGUACGAUCUUAUCUGAAAUUGCAAAAUUUUUUGACCCAUUAGGACUUGUAGGACCCAUUGUUCUGUAUGCAAAAAUAAUAAUACAAAAAAUUUGGCAAUCGAAAUUAGAGUGGGAUGAAUCUGUCACUUCCAGUAUAUUUACAUCAUGGUCAGAAUUUUGUGAUCAGCUCUUGUUGGUCAACAAUCUGUCCUUUGAUAGAAAAAUAAUAUUGGAUGAUGCAACCAACGUUCAAAUGCAUGGGUUUUGCGAUGCAAGUGAAGCCGGUUAUGGGGCUUGCAUAUAUAUUCGUUCGACAGAUUCUUCCAAUAGAACAAUCGCAAAACUAUUUUAUGCGAAAUCAAAGGUCGCACCGAUAAAGACCGUGUCGUUACCACGUCUCGAAUUAUGUGGUGCUCUACUUUUAGCACGUUUAGCAAGGCAAGUCACUUCAAUAAUAAAAGUUGAUUUUGAAAAAACUGUUUUCUGGACGGACUCUACUAUUGCUUUAAGCUGGAUUCAAACCUCCCCACAUUUACUAAAAACGUUUGUUGCCAAUCGCGUCGCUGACAUACACAGAGUGUCAAACUCUAAUCAAUGGCGACACAUCCGAUCAAACGACAAUCCAGCAGAUGCGUUAUCUCGAGGUCAACUGCCUCGCGAUUUUUUAAAUAAUUCUCAAUGGAUUAAUGGCCCAUCGUGGCUCAUCUUAAAUGAAUCUCAUUGGCCCAUCUUACAGCCCAAUCAAUUAGGCGAAAUCCCAGAACGGAAAAAAGCCACUUGCUUAACAAUUACACGGCUUGAUUCGAAUUUUUUGCAAUCAUUUUCUUCAUACGAUAAACUCAUUCGUAUAGUUGCAUAUUGUUUACGAUUUAAACAUCAAAAACUAUACAAAGGUCUUCUUAAGGUAGAAGAAUUGGCCGCUGCUGAAAAAACAAUCAUAAAAUUAAUUCAAUCUCGAGAAUUUAGCAAAGAUAUCAUUAACUUAAAACAAGGAAAUGAUGUCAAUAAAAAAAGUAAAUUGUUAUUACUGAAUCCUUUUAUAGAUAAUGAGGGUAUUUUACGCGUUGGAGGAAGACUAAACAAUUCCUCAUUACCUUCAUAUCAAAAGCAGCCAAUUCUACUUCCUCGAUCACAUCACAUUACAACCUUGAUUGUCAACAAACUACAUUUAAAUAAUUUCCAUUCUGGUUGUCAAUCAACUCUUUACGCAUUGCGUCGAAAGUUUUGGAUACCUGAUGGACGUAAUCAGGUACGCAAGAUUAUACGUACUUGCGUAAGAUGUUUCCGAGCAAAUCCGAAUAUAACUGAAUACAAAAUGGGUAAUUUACCCAGCGUGAGGCUAACAAAAGCUCGACCAUUUCAAAACGUCGGAGUCGAUUAUUGCGGUCACUUUUAUAUUAAAGAGAAAAAAUUUAGAAAUCGUGGUCGGAUAAAAGUGUAUGUCGCGGUCUUUGUUUGUCUUGUCGUGAAAGCGAUACAUCUUGAAGUUGUGAGUGAUUUGACGACAGAAGGUUUUCUCGGUGCUUUAAAACGUUUUGUUGCACGAAGGGGAAAACCUUCUAAUAUUUAUUCCGAUAAUGGAAAAAACUUUAUCGGAGCAAAUAACGAAUUGAAAGAUCUUUUUGCUCUUUUAAAUUCCGAAAAUCAUAAAAUCCAAUGCGUUAAUUUUGCCAACAAGCGAAAAAUCAAAUGGCAUUUUAUUCCUCCUCUUUCUCCGCACUUUGGGGGAAUAUGGGAAUCAGCGGUCAAGAGUUUCAAGCAUCAUUUAAAACGUGUAAUCACAGAUCAGUUGCUUACAUUUGAAGAAAUUAAUACAUUAGUUAUUGAAAUAGAAGCUGUGCUUAAUUCCCGCCCACUCACUCCUAUUUCCUCAGAUCCUAACGACCUCCUAGUCCUCACACCUGGUCAUUUCCUGAUCGGCGAUGCAUUAACAAGUCUUCCAGAAGAAGAUUUCCAGGACACGCCCACAAAUAAGCUAUCCACCUGGCAACACCUCCAAAAGCUUCGACAACACUUUUGGGGUCGAUGGUCAAAAGAGUAUUUAAAUAACCUAAAUACUCGUGUCAAAUGGGCGGAUGGUAAUCACCAAAUCAAGGAAGGAACAGUAGUGGUCAUCAAGGAAGAUAAUUUACCACCGAUGCAAUGGGCCUUGGGACGAGUUACUGAGACUCAUCCUGGAGAAGACGGAAUAAUUAGAGUUGUUACUACACUGAUGACACCUAAGAACCAUCACUAUCUUCCAGACUGA